UUGUUUAUUGACAACUCACUUUAUCCGCCAUUUUUUAGUGUGUUGGUUUUUGAAUCGUGAAUCAACAUAUAACUGAACAAGCUAUCAUGAAUUUUAAUGUGGGGGGAUUUAGUGAAAGUCUAAAAUGUUCCUAUCAACAAUUCUGUAAACAGGAAACAGAAGGCAGAGAAUCCAGUCGCCGAUUGUUGGUGAAACUUAAAAAAUUCGAAGCGAAAUCUUUCGAUUUGGUAGCACAAACACAAAGUGCCCAACAGAUGCGAAAUCAAUUUGAAAAGAUGUUUAUGCAACAUAAUCCUUUAUUUUGGGCGCAACUUCAAAGAAAUAUUGCUACAAAUACGGUUGAUUUUAAUGUUGACUACCCAUUGUCUGGAUGUAGUGGCAAGAAACAAACGAAAGAAAUGGCUGUUAACACCUCACACAAUUCUUCAACUUCAGAGCAACACUCUUUCCAUGAAGAAGGGAUUUGGCCUCAUACCCCAUCUCCUACAAUAGAUAAAAGCAUGCAGCAAAUGGCCUGUGAUAACACUAGAAAUAUAAAUAUUUUUUCUUCUACACCACAUCAUAAGGACCAGAGUGAAAAUCAAGAUAUAAGAAAAGAUAGAAGGAUUACAAACAGCAAUUUGGUGCCAAGCCAUAAAACAACUAGGCAUAUUUCAAGUCCUCAGGGAGUUGAAGAAAUCAAACAAGUCUCAUCAUCUACCCUGGAAAUCCACCAUCCUCCCCAGAAUUUUAUAUCAUCUCAGCAAGAAAAUCAGUUUGCUUCAUCAAAUAAUACUUUCUCCAAUGCUACAAAUAAAGAAGAAGCAUCUUGUGGGCCACUGACAACUACUUCCAUUGCAAAUUUCAGACAAAUGAAUAAGGAGUCAAGUGAAAAAAUCCUUGAACAUUACUUGGAUAAACAAAAGGAAGAAAAGGAGAUUCUUUCCCUGCUAUCCCCAAGUGAAAUAAAACAUCCGUCAAUGCAGACGGCAGUAAUCCCGGUAAUUGAUCCGGUUGACCGCGAACCUCAGGAUACCAAUAACGUUCAAAACUAUAUCCAGGAGUUACAGUCCAAUACCACUGUAGUUGACGAAGUCACACAGUUGGUUCCUGCCUCUCUGUCUCCUAAUAAGAUGAAGCCUUUUCGUUUAGACUCUGAUUCUGAUUGUGCCGACGAUCCGAUUUCUGGUCCGCUGAGUGGCAAAAAUGUAGGAGAUGAUGAUUCUGACUCAUUUUGGAAUUGAGCAAAUGAGGCUAAUUUAUUUCACCGAUUCCCAUAAUAUCAUUGUAUUUUUAGCUUGCAAAUACAUUUAAAAUAUGAAGCACCA